AUGGCAUCAGCAGCUAUAGCAGUGUCUGCAGACAGCGUGGUCAACUCCUCGGCCUUGCCAGCAGUACCACCAACAAUACCUCUAGAGGCUUACAACGAGCCCGACCCCGCGCCCAGGCCCCCAAAAGACAAAGGCACCAACACCAACCACAUCAUCACAUCCCCCUACAUAACCGCAGAGCACCUACUGGAUCUCUCAACCCUCGACGCCGCAAAUCAAUUCCUAGCACAAGCCCUGACAACACUCACGCCAACCCGACCAGACUACGCAACAGCGCCCUAUAUCGAAUCCUUCAAUUGGAGCUCUGUCUUCGAGAGCCUGCGCGACCUCGCAGCGAAACAAGGAGGACAGCCCUGGACACAGCGCAGCUUCUAUGUAGUUGCGUUCCGGUCAAUUCUGCGCGCAGAUGCGGACCCUGAACGAUUGGGUUUGCUCGAUGAGCGGUCUCAUGCGGAGGCUGUAGCGAGUGGCGGGCUGCUGAAGUAUUGGUUUGGGAGCAAGAAUGAGAAGAGGGAGAAUCUAGCUACUUGUGUAUGGAGAAGUCGAGAAGACGCAAGAGCUGGCGGGACUGGGCCGUGGCAUGCGCAGGCGCGUGGGGCAGCGAAGACGAUGUAUGAGCGGAUUGAAUUCACGACUUUGGAGCUCGUGGUGGGCGAGAAAGCUGGGGAUUGGGAGUUCAAGGAGUGGAAGGAUUAA